AUGGUUUACGAAGAGCAGCAGAAAGCAAAUCUUCAUGAAAGUGCCAUUGUGACCCAGAAGCAUACUGUACAGCUCUAUGUAUUAACUGAAGACUGCAAUCAGCCUGGCUAUAUUAAACUUAUGAAGGGGCUUUGUGCUGGGCAUGGUGUGAGCCUCUUUAAUGGUUUCCAAUGUCGAGACUCUUGGAGUGGGUUGGAUUAUGCAAGAUUGAUUUUGAAGAUAGACGCCAACUUCUUGGAGGAUGAGGUCAAGCAAGAGGGCGAGGGACAAGCUGAGGAAAACCUUGCUGAUUGGGUCUUUUCUGAUAAUGUAAUGGACAUAGGAAAUAUUGAUGUAAUAGAAGCUUGGGAGGAGGAAACUGAAGCCCUUCCUCUUCCCCUGUGA